GAUGAAGCGCCGCACGUUCAUCCGUGCGAGCGGUAGGCCGUCAAUCGGGCCGCGAAUCCUAUACGGCGCGCGCCGAGCAAGAGAGAGAGAGGGAGAGAGAGCAGCCGCAGCGCGCAGCUCUCUGCUCUCUGUGUAUACGAGCACACGCUUCCGAGCGCUUCUGCUAGCCAGUAGUACUACUCGCGCGCUCGACCGCUACGCACGCAGAGGGAGAGCAGCAGCUGUCUCUGCGCUCUGCGACGCCGAGCGAGCCACUUUUGCCAGGCACGAGAGACUGUUUUGCUCAUUGCCGCACGGUUGUUGUUUUUUUUUCCUUCCUUCGUUUCAGACAGUGAAUAGCAAAAAAAUUGCAAGGGAAAUUUCCUCCCCGUGACUGUGGGUGUUUUAUUUAUUUUUUUGUGACCGUUGUUUUGGUACUGUGCAUGUGACUUGAAAUUCGAGUGGGUGACUAUAAAUUGCGAUACAAUACGACGAGACACGUAAGAGUGAGAUCGAGGUGUGUACUUAGCUACCACCAGAGAGCCGGACGAUUUCUCCUUUCGUGCAGGCAAAGUAAUUGUCGGUAGUAAGUAGUAUAAGAGAGAGAGAGAGAGAGAACUACUACUUUGGCCGCAUUGUGACUGUGCUGUAUGUGUGUCGGCCGCCUUCCUUUUUGUCUCUCUCCUCUCUCGGCUGUGCUCAAGCUUUUGUGUCAAUGACUUUUGGAUUACGAGAGGAGUAGCUGUACAGCCGCAACACACGACUCUCAGCGCACCCACUUGCAGACGUUAUAAUCGAGAGAAAGGGACGACCAGACACGCGCCAGUCGAGAUUUCACCAAUGGACACGAGCAGAAGCCUCAGCGCAGUCCGCUGGGCCCUGGAGUAGCGGCGUCGUCUGCUCGGCUGUAGCAGGAAAAGCCGCGUGCUGAGGAGAGGGAGAGCGAGUGGGGGAGAGGGAGACUGGUAUUUCCCCGACGCGUGCGACGCUCGGUCAGUUGGCAGGCAGGCAGACAGGACAGGCCGGCAACAUAGCAGCGGGGGAGUCGAGGGCCCGAGGAGGCCCGGGGCCGAUCAUUGCCGCGCGCGGCGAUGGUGGCAGCUGCCACUGCCACUGCUAGCGCCCUUGCUGCUAGCGUUAGCGCGUUGGCAAUGCAGGAUCGCCAGGACCUCUCCUCGCAGUACAAUCAUCAGAUGCAGAGUCAGCACGCGAUGGCGCACCAAACGUACAACACGAUGGGUUACAACCAGCGCAGCCCGAUGACGGGCAUGGGCCCGAUGGGCAUGAACAACUACGGGAGCAUGGGCUCGGUCAACCCCAUGAUGUCCCCGAUCAACUCGAUGAACUCGAUGAGCGGCAUGGCCAGCGGCAACCCCAUGAACCACAUGAUGAUGGGCGGAGGCGGCAACGCCGGAGUCGGCAAUAUGGGCAACGCCGGCAUGAGCAGCGGCAUCUCGCCGAUGAGCGCCAUGAGCCAAAUGGGCAACGUCGGCAUGAUGAACAGCGCGAUGCCCGGCACCGGAGUUCCUAUAAACAAGAUGACUAUGCAGCAGCAGCAAUCUCAGCAGGCGUACGCGAGGCGAAUGGCGCCGUACCCGAACCCUGCGAUGCACGCGACGCAGAAGCGCAUGCAGCAGCAACAGCCGCAGCCACAACCCCAGCAGCAGGUCCCCUACGGCGCGGGCGCCCCGACGGUGGGCAUGAGCCACGGGGCCUACGGGGGUAUGCCGGCCGGCCAGCAGUACCCCAAUGGCUACGUUGCGAGGCCCAACGCCUUCCAGGCCCAGGCCCAGGCGCAGGCCCAGCAGCAGCAGCAGCAGCAGCAGGUCCAGCAGCAACAGCAGCACCAGCUCCAGCAGCAGCAGCAACAGUACCAGGCCUCGCUGCAGCAGCAGCAGUACCAGGCCUCGCUGCAGCAGCAGCAGAUGAACCCGGCGGCGAUGUCGGCGACCGGCUACUCCGCGAGCACGACGUCCGCGAUGAUGAGGGGCGCCGCCGGGGUCAGGCAGCAGCAGCAGCAGCAGCAGCAGCAGCAAGCCCAGACGAUGGCACCGGCCUACGGAGGCGUGCCUAGCCAGGCUAGUCAGUACUACGCGAGCCAGAGCUCCGCGACCGGAGCUGGCCUCAACCCCAUGCAGUCCCACCACCACGGGCCCGGCGCGGUCCACCACCCGCAGCAACAGCAGCAGCAGCAGCCGCCGCAGCCGCAGGUCAACCCCAUGGCCGCGGCCGCCGCUGCCGCGCAGCAGUACCACACGAGCCACCAACAGCAGCAACAGCAGCAACAGCAACCCGGCAACCCGGGAGUCUACGGCCAGGGCGCGCCCACCUACGGAGCCCAGUACGGCCAGCAGGACGGCUCGCCGAUGAGGUCCGCCGGCGGAGUCCAGGGCGGCGGCAACAUGAACUACCAGCACAGCCCGAUCCCCGGCAACCCGACGCCCCCGCUCACGCCGGCCUCAAACAUACCGCCCUACGUCAGUCCCAACUCGGACGGCAAGCACGGCUUCAACGACAUGAAGCCCAUGAUGUCCAAAGAGGAAGAGCUGCGACUAACAUUCCCGGUGAGGGACGGCAUAAUCCUGCCACCGUUCCGGCUGGAGCACAACCUGGCGGUGAGCAACCACGUGUUCCAGCUGAAGAACACGGUCCACUCGACGCUAAUGCUGCGGCCGGACCUCGAGCUGCAGCUGAAAUGCUUCCACCACGAGGACAGGCAAAUGAACACGAACUGGCCUCUGAGCGUCCAGAUAUCGGUAAACGCGAUGCCGCUCCACAUCGACAGAGGGGAAAACAAGUCGUCUCACAAGCCCCUAUACCUCAAGGACAUCUGCCAGAACGGCCGCAACACUAUCCAGAUCACCGUGUCCGCCUGCUGCUGUUCGCACCUAUUCGUCCUGCAACUGGUCCAUCGGCCGAGCGUGCAGAGCGUGCUGCAGGGCCUGUUGCGCAAGCGACUCCUCACCGCGGAGCAUGGCGUAACGAAGAUCAAGAGGAACUUCAGCAACACCCACCCCAGCAACGGAAUGCCCACGGAGAAGGACGCCCUCGAGCAUACGUCGAUAAAGGUGUCGCUCAAGUGUCCCAUAACUCUGAAGCGAAUCACGCUACCGGCGCGAGGCCAAGAUUGCAAGCACAUACAGUGCUUCGAUCUCGAGUCGUACUUGCAGCUGAACUGCGAGCGCGGAAAUUGGAGGUGUCCCGUUUGCACUAAACCGGCGCAACUGGAGGGCCUCGAGGUGGACCAGUACAUGUGGGGCAUCCUGAACAACACGAACUCGCCGGACGUGGAGGAGGUGACGAUAGACUCGUCGGCCAACUGGAAGCCGAAGAAGUCCGAGCAGGACGAGCAGGAGUGCAAGCGGCUCAACACCAAGGCCAUGUCGCCGGGCAGCAUGAACAUGCCGACGAUGAACAGCUGGAUGGACGCGAACCAGGCGAUGAGCCCGUACAUGCCGCCGGACAUGAACAGCAUCGUCAGCGGCUCGAUGAUGGGCGGCUCGCCGUCCUCGCAGCAGGCCUACGGCAGUCGGAACCCCGGCACGCCCUCGUCCACCUCCGUCUCGCAGGCCAACAACCCGGCGAGCAUGAGCGCCGGACUCGGCGGAGACAUGUCCAUGGGCGGCAACCCCGGACAGAACGACUUCUCCAACACGAACGCGCUCUCGCACCUCAACGACCACACCAACUCGCUGGACCACCUGAAUGCCAUCGACAAGUCUCUGGGCGAUCAGAUGCCCCACACACCGCACACUCCUCACACUCCUGGUGGCGGCGGCGGCGGCGGAAAUAGCGGCCCCCCGAGCGUCGCGCCCUCCGUAUCGCAAGACACGAGCGGCAACAAUCUCAACAGCUCGACGGGCAGCGGCGUGCCCGGCGUCGCCGACACCUCCGACAUCAUCGGAUCCGACCUGAACUUUGACCCCACGGCCGUCAUCGACGGAGACGCCGGUCAGGAAGCGCUCAACCUCUUGCCCGACACCGUAGUGGACCCGAUGGAGCUGCUCUCGUAUCUGGACCCGCCGGACCUGAACACGCCGCCGAGCAGCGGCGCCAGCAGCGGAAACCCGCCGUCGAACGACGACAUUCUCGCCCUCUUCGAAUAAGCCGCUCCUCGCUUCUUCAAGGGCAUCACUAAAUAGUCGGAAGGCGAAAAUUGAAUCUUGAAUUUUUUCCAAAUGUUCCUAAUACAAGAGGCGAUGCGAACGAACGUUAGAACGUCAACCAUGCGGUACACGCAUUUUCCUAUAUAUCGAAACGAAUGGGAUAUAUAUAAACACACACACACACACGUACACACAUCCACCGACACACACACACACCCAUGCGCACGCACGUCGCGACGAAAGGAGGAAUCGAGGAAACAUUGUCGGGACGCAGCACACAGCGCGACAAACGAGCAAUAAACGACGAAGGAAAGAAAGUGUUUAACUUAAGUAGCGUUAAGUCGACCUGUAUUUUGCAAGCUCGCGCGCGAUAUGAGCUACUCGCGCGCAAUACUUACACAGGCACUCACACACUUCCGACAAUUUUAUUCCGCAAAUCGCACGCGCGCAACCAGACGCGCGCGUCCCCAUCGAUGGUACAAACGACAUUAGCUCUAAUUGCAUAAGAUAAUAAGAUUCCUAUUGCGACGAAGGGAGACGAUGUGCGCGGCGAGUGUAUCGAGAGAGAGAAAGAGACGAGGCGAUUUUAAGAAAGAGUAUAGAGAUAAUUAAAACAAAAUAAAAAAAAAUUCAGCGGGCGCAACGCGCGAGUAUACGCGAGCCGCCGAUACAUAUAUUAGAGAACAAUAGUAGUCAGUGUCACUGCUUCUAUAAAUGCAAAGUCUAUAAUAUACUAUCGGAGAGGAGGAGGAGAAACUAGGGUGUGCAGUACGCACAGCGCGCGCGGCCGACACAGGUGCCGUAUUUAUAGUCGAGAGUGUACGGCUAGGAGUAUAGCUAGUGGGAGCUUUCAGGGAUCCUCCGAGACAGAGACUCGAAUCUUUAGAUUCUCGAGCGAGCUCUAGAAGCUUUUGGAUCUAGCCGACGGGCGAUCAUCUCUCCGUGCGUGUGUGUGUAUUCGUGUGUAAGAAAGUAGCCGACGACGCGAGGAGGAAUAUGCUACGAUGAAUGAGUGAGAGAGAAUGCGAAAAUUUCGAUGUACAUUUUUUAUUUUUACUUAUAUAUAUUUUUCGAGCUAUCACGCCAGCUGUUUGAUCAUUAUAUUAUAUACUUUUUAUUAUCGUCGUUGAGGAUUUUUAUAUAAAUUAUAAGGACUUAUUAUGUUUCUCAUUGAUAUAAGCGGACGAUGGAAAAAUACGACGAGACAGAUUUUUAAAACGCUGGACGUUUUUGCGCGAGUGGGGCUUUCUCGAAAUUAGAUGAUGUUAUAUAUGACGUGUUGAUAUGGAGCAUUGUAUAUUAUGCUUUUCUUUUUUCGUAUGCAGCGACAUUCCUCCCGCGCGUUCGACAAGUAGCCCGAUCGAGCCGGCGAUAUUCCGACUUCAAAAGUUUCUUCGCUCGCCGGAAAAUUACAAGAUCCUUGAAAGCUCGCCUCUCGAUGCGCACCACACGCGGUUUACGUAAAGAGUCUAUAUACGAGAGUCUAUUAGCGAAAGAGAGAGAGAGAGAGAGAUAGAGAGAGAAAAUUGACGAUGAAUACGGAAUGUGAAGGAGUAAAAAGAGGCGGAAGAAGACGUGCGCGCGCGUGCGGCCGACGUUCUUACGUAAGCCCCCGCUAGUGCGAACGAAUAAAUUUCGCAUUUUCCCGCGCACGUCCGAGCAAAACACUGCCACUGAGGAGAGCGCGCGUGUGUGUCAUCGUGAAGCUCUCUACGACUUCGACAGUGCGCGUUGUAACUUUUAAACGAGCGAGUGAGGCGAUACUUGUACACAGAGACACGUAUACACGCAUCAUUAAACUCACACACACGCACACAUACACACACGCGAGUAAACCUGCUUAGCCUAGUUAGAUGUGCAGGUUAUUAAAGAAAACAAGUAAAAGCAAGUAAUUAAACUCUAAUUUAUGAAUAAACAAUUAAAAGCGAAAGGAGCGAGACUCGAGGGGCACGUCGCUCAGACGCGAACUCGAAUCGGCUCGUCAUUUCACACUCUCUCUCACUCCGCGAGCUAUACGCGAGAGUCAAGGAAACGCGUAACGACGAGUAUGUGGCCUUUCAAAUUCAAUAUUACCACUUUAGAUGAAUCUCUCCCGAAAUCGAAUGAUUGACAAAAAAUUAAAAAAAAAAAAAAAAAAAGAUUGCGACCAAUACUACUCGUCCUGGCGCGUUUCUCUCGGGCUCUUGCGCGGCGGAGCUGAUUCUUAGACACUACGUAUUAUGAAAAUUUUAUAAAAGAUUGUGUGUACAUACAGACAAAAUUAUACGUGAUAAAAACAAUGUCAUAUACACGAGUGUGGAUAAGCGCGAAAGCAAGGGGGAAUAAUGUACGUGUAGAUGUAUCGUUAUUAAUGAAGAUAAAACAAAAAAUCCAUGCAAAUUAUACUUAUUAUAAUAAUAUAGCAACAGACAUGCCUCCGAUCGAGUUUCUAUUGACGCAGAUAGAAAAAAUAACGUAAACGAUGUUACUUUAGUAACGUGUAUCUAGUUAUCUAAGCAAAAGUAUUGUAAAUAUUAAUUAUUUGUACAUAUGAAGAAUUACAUAAAUAAUAUUAAAAAAGUGUCA